AGCGGCCGGCCUUUCUUUCUCUCCCACCCACCCUUCUCCUCCACGUUUGCAGCUUUGGGGAGCUGGGAUUUGAGCGGAAGCCCCCCCCCCCUUCCUGGCGCUCGCUCCUUUGCCAUGGACAGGCCAAGAAUGCCGCCCCGGCGGAGGAGGCAGCGCCGCUGCUGCUGGCCGCUGCUUGCUGCCUUGCUGGUGGGCUGCGUGGCCUGCCAGGCUCCGCCGGUCCCGGAGCCCGAGUGGGACGGCAAGGACGUGUUCGUGCAGAGCAGCUACGUGCCCGAGCAGUGCCCGCGCGCCGUGCGCUCCGGCGACUUCGUGCGCUACCAUUACCACGGCACCUUCCCGGACGGCCGCAAGUUCGAUUCCAGCUAUGACAGGGGUUCCACAUUCAAUGUGUUUGUGGGGAAGGGGCAGCUCAUUGCAGGGAUGGACAAGGCUCUGGUUGGCAUGUGCGUGAACGAGAGACGACUUGUGAAAAUUCCACCCCAUCUCGGCUAUGGGAGCGAAGGCGUUUCUGAUGUCAUUCCUGCAAACUCUGUGCUUCAUUUCGAUGUGCUUUUGAUUGACAUUUGGAAUACUGAAGAUCAGAUUCAGAUUCAGACUUAUUACAAGCCAGAAAACUGCUCCAGGACAAUUCAGGUGUCUGAUUUUGUACGGUACCAUUACAAUGGGACAUUUCUAGAUGGGACACUGUUUGACUCAAGUCAUAAUAGGAUGCGAACAUAUGAUACCUAUGUGGGAAUUGGCUGGCUUAUCCCUGGCAUGGACAAGGGUCUCCUGGGAAUGUGUAUAGGUGAAAAGCGCAUCAUCACAGUGCCCCCAUUCCUGGCUUAUGGAGAAGAUGGAGAUGGUAAAGAAAUUCCUGGUCAGGCUUCUCUUGUCUUUGACGUGGCUCUCCUAGACCUUCACAACCCCAAAGAUAGCAUCGCUGUUGAGAAACAGUAUGUGCCUGAACCCUGUGAGCGGAAAAGCCAAGUGGGUGACUUCCUCAGAUACCAUUACAAUGGGACACUUCUGGAUGGCACGCGGUUUGAUUCCAGUUAUUCACGGAAUCACACAUAUGACACCUACAUUGGGAAAGGUUAUGUAAUUGCUGGGAUGGAUGAAGGCUUGCUUGGUGUAUGCAUUGGAGAGAAGCGGAGAAUAACAAUCCCACCUCACCUUGGAUACGGAGAAGAAGGAACAGGGAAAAUUCCAGGAUCGGCAGUGUUGGUCUUUGACAUUCAUGUGAUAGACUUCCACAACCCUUCAGAUUCGGUUGCCAUUACUACCCAUUACAAACCGAGCAAUUGCUCAGUACUGAGCAAAAAAGGCGAUUACUUGAAGUACCACUACAAUGCCUCACUCCUAGAUGGUACUGUGUUAGAGUCGACGUUUAGCCUUGGCAAAACCUAUAAUAUAGUUCUAGGAUCUGGACAAAUUGUGUUGGGAAUGGAUAUGGGCCUCAGAGAUAUGUGUGUGGGAGAGAAAAGGACUGUUAUCAUCCCACCUCAUUUUGGUUAUGGCGAGACUGGAGUUGAAGGAGAAGUGCCUGGUAGUGCUGUACUGGUUUUUGACAUCGAAUUGAUAGAGUUAGUGUCUGGCUUGCCAGAAGGCUAUAUGUUUGUGUGGCAUGGUGACGUCUCUCCUAACCUCUUUGAAGAAAUUGACAAGGAUAACAAUGGAGAAGUUCUUCUGGCAGAGUUUUCUGACUAUAUUCUUGAACAAGUUAAUUCUGGCAAAGGAAAGCUGGCUCCUGGCUUUGAUUCUGAAACAGUUGUGAAAAAUAUGUUCAGCAAUCAAGAUCGGAAUGGAGAUGGUAAGAUUACAGUGGAAGAAUUCAAACUGAAAGACCAGGAGUCAAAGAGACAUGAUGAAUUGUAGCUUGAGUGCUUGUUUUUUUGUGAGCUGAACUGCUGUUAUCGAGUGUAUGCACCACAGAAACGGGUUGAAAUGCAUGCACACUUAAACAGAGGAUAGUUGGGAACAAAUGCCCAUGUCUCUAUAUUCAUGGUGCAGGUUAAGCAAGGCUAUACAACAGAAGCCUUUUUUGUGGCAUUUAUUGUAUAACACAUGAAAAGUGCUCAAAUUGGUUUCAUCAGCUUUUUCAAAAGGGUACACAUCCCACUGUUCUGACGUGCAUAAUACCUGCAGUCUGUCUCAGAGAUAUAGUAUAGAAGCUGAUGAUGAUGGAUUUGCAAUACAAAGAGUGUGGAUUUACAUUCAGGGCCCUUUUGAGUUUUCAGUCUUCUCAGUCAUUCUUUAAGAACACAGUUCUGCUCCAUUAUUACUGAGCAUAGACAGUAAACCAUAAAAAAGCAAGUUUGUCAGCUUCUGUUUGACACUGACUCUUCCCCCACUAAGCUAAUACAAAUAUAGCCCUGUGCUUCCCUAGAGCCUGUUGCUUUUGAAGAUCCACUGUCACACUAAAUUAUGCAGGAAAAGAUAGUCAUACAACUGCUGAACUCUUCCUAUCCUAGAUCUUACCUGCAUUAUUACACAAAAAGUAAAUUAAAAAAGUAUUGGAAAGAGAAAGCUGUGUUUCCAUUUUUUAAAAAAAAUCAGGAUUGGUAGACUUGUUGCUUGUACAGCAUGCAGCUAUUUCAGUCUACUACUUGGAUAAGUAAUAAUCAUUAAUUAUUAUAAGGGACCCUUUAGAGAGAAUCACAAUUUCCUAACUAUACCUGUUAAAACCAUGCUGUAGAUGUGACUAAAUAUUUAAAACGAGAGCAUAUGUUAGGUGAAAAAGUGACUUUCCAAUGCUGGAGGCAAUGCUCAUAAAGUCACAGUAGCACUGAAUAGCAGUUGGACUGAAAAUAUUGAGAUAUGGCUUUCAAUUGUGUGAACGGUUCUAGUUUUAAACUCAAGACAUGCUUCUUAAUUUUUCCCCACAGUACAUAAAGUUUUGUAGAUUUUUAAACACUCUGUAAUACUAAUAAUGCCAUGAAGAUUUCUCGAAUGUACAUGCUGGUAAUUUUUUAUUAAAUAAAAUAUUGACAGACACAUUAUGUAUAACAUUUCUUCAGGCAUGUGGGGGUGGGGAAGGCUUAGCAUUAUCUUGAAAUCCUGGCUUUUAAUAAAUCUUUCAGCUGAUGGUUAGUAUUGAAAUUGGCUUGAGAUCCUGGCCACAGACACCUUGGGAAAAGGGACAGGGAUUUUGAUCAAGCAGUUUAUGUACUUAGUAGUUCAUCUACAGGAUGAGACUAAAAGUCUACUUCAUGUACUUUGUGAGGCUUAAUAAGCCAAGGCUUAUUGGAAUUCAUUUUAAAAGUGCAAUUAUUAAUAUUUAACAUCUUAAUGCAUUGCAGGCUGAAUACAGUUAAGUGAACAGUAUUUGAAAUAUUACUGGUUGCUCUGGGAUUUUUUUUCUUCCUUUCAAGAUGAAAGGUAAUUUACAUCAUUUAUAGUCCACUUUUUUCACUGAAACUCAAUGUGGAUUACACAGCAUGAGAAUUCAAAUCUUCCAGCUGUUACCACCAAAUAGUUUUUAUGGGCAAAAGUGUGUGUGGAGGGGAGAAACUCCAUAAGGCUGAUCAAAAUUAUCUAGGAAAAAAGACAGGGCCAGUUCACACGUAUAAUCAGCAUCGCUGUGAGAACUGCCCCAGUAAAAAUAAUUACAAUGUCAUAGGAAACCAGUUUCCAUAAAAUGGAUUGUCCCUCAUAAGUGAUUCUCAAGUGGCAGUUACACCACCAAUCACACAUGCCCAACCUGAUGAUUGACGAAGAAGAGGAAGAUAUUGGAUUUAUAUCCUGCCCUUCACUACCCAAGGGAGUCUCAGAGCGGCU